AGAAUAUGAUAGAUUCGGGUCAGAAACCGGAAGCAUCGGAAGCCGGGAGUCAAAAGUGAAGAAAUUCUGCAAACCCUUUUGGGUCCCUGUCCCUGUAAUCAUGCCAGAAAUGACAGAGAAUGAGACGCCUACAAAAAAGCAGCACCGAAAGAAAAACCGGGAGACGCACAAUGCAGUGGAGCGGCAUAGAAAGAAGAAAAUCAAUGCUGGAAUAAACAGAAUAGGAGAGCUGAUUCCAUGCUCCCCUGCCCUGAAGCAGAGUAAGAAUAUGAUCCUGGACCAAGCCUUUAAGUAUAUAACAGAAUUGAAAAGGCAAAAUGAUGAACUCCUACUUAAUGGUGGAAACAACGAACAAGCUGAAGAAAUUAAAAAGCUACGGAAGCAACUGGACGAAAUCCAAAAAGAAAAUGGCCGAUAUAUUGAAUUGCUGAAAGCAAAUGACAUCUGCUUGUAUGAUGACCCCACAAUCCACUGGAAAGGAAACCUCAAGAACUCCAAGGUCUCUGUUGUUAUUUCUAGUGACCAAGUUCAAAAAAAUAUCAUUGUGUAUUCAAAUGGGAGUCAGCCCGGUGGGAACAGCCAGGGAGCAGCCGUGCAGGGGAUCACCUUCAACGUUGGUCAGAAUCUACAGAAGCAAACCGCCAACGUGGUGCCCGUGCAGAGGACGUGCGGUCUCACACCGCCCGUGUCUCUUUCGGGAGUUUACCCUUCUGAAAACAAGCCAUGGCAGCAGAAUGCACUGGCCGCCCACCAGCCCGCUCCUCUCUGCCUUCCUGCCACCAUCGGGGCGCAAAACCUUCUUGAGCUCGCCACCUCCGAAGGGGACGUGAGUGUGCUUGGUGCCACCAGUGGCCCUCUGAUUGCUGUCCCAGUUGGGGCCUCGCCUCGCCAAUCCCGGGCCUCGCGCACGCCUCUGAAUGAUCAAAGCCCGUCGGAGAGUAAGCAUGGGCAAGAGAGCUCCAAGUUUCCGAAGCAAACGGCCCCUUGUGCUUCCAGUGUCCCCUCCAGCGCCUCAGCAGUGGCCACUGACGCGCCGCAUGGACACCAGCCUUGUCCCUCAAGCACAGAAGACUGCAGAAGUGAUUUUCAAAACACCCUUCUUGAAUCAGUUACCACCUCAGCCUGCCCCCGGCCUCCCAGUUCUGCAGGUGUCUCUCCUCCAGUGAACGUUAGCCAGGGGACAGACUUGACGGACACUCCCGCGGUGGUGGCCCUGGCUACCACUGGGGCUGGGAAGCCGGCCGCCCCUGUCAGCACCGUGUCUGUAAACGCUUUGGACCAUGGCUGGACCCUCUCCUGUUCUUUGCCUUCUUCAACUGUUAAUACUUCAGAUUUGAAAAACAUGAAUAGCCUUACCCGAAUCUCCUCAGCUGGCAACACACAGACGACAUGGACGACUCUGCAGCUGGCGGGAAACACCAUUCAGCCCUUAAGCCAGACACCUAUUGCUGUGACCCCAGUGUCAAAUGAGUCUGGUCCCAGUCCCGCCACCCCCAACCCCAGUAGACACGUGGCUACAGGCAUGAACUUGAACAAUUCCUUUCCCGCAGAUGGGCAAGCCGUUGAGCAAGUGGUUGUCACCUUGCCUUCUUGUUCACCUUUACCUAUGCAGCCACUGAUUGCCCAGCCCCAGGUUAAAUCUCAGCCGCCCAAAAAUCUCCUGCCAGUGAAUUCAGCCAUGCAAGUGAUUCAGAUGGCUCAGCCAGUUGGCUCAGCUGUUAAUGCUGCUCCGGCGAACCAAAACGUUAUCAUUCUCCAGCCCCCCAGCAGUACCCCAUGCCCCCCCAUGAUGAGAGCAGAGGUUCCCCACCAAACAGUCGGUCAACAGAUAGUGAUCAUACAGACAGCCAGCCAGAAUCCGCUGCCACUCCUUCCCGCGCCGCCGCCUGGGCCUGUGCGACUCCCUGUGAAUGGAGCCAGUGCUCUCCUAGGGCCUAGUAAUUCAGUGCAAAAUGUGUCAGCCCCACAGACCUUCGGAGGAAAGCACCUUGUCCACAUCCUACCAAGACCUUCGUCUUUGUCCUCGUCAUCUAACGCAACUCAGACCUUUCCUGUGACCGUGUCCGCCCAGCAGCAGCCGCAGACCAUUUCUGUAAACGGACAGCUCUUUGCGCUGCAGCCUGUGAUGCCGUCAUCAGGAACGACGAAUCAAACCCCUAUGCAAAUCAUUCAGCCCACCACCAGCGAAGAUCCAAAUACCAACGUUGCCCUGAACACGUUCGGUGCUUUGGCCAGCCUCAAUCAAAGCAUAUCGCAGAUGGCCGGGCAAAGCUGCGUGCAACUGUCUAUUAGCCCCCCUGCCAAUGCUCAGACUGCUGCAAGCAGUCACACCACCGCAGCCAACUGUGUUUCAUUAACCACGACUGCAGUGCCUCCCACGACGACAGACAGUCCAGCCACACUAUCCAGUAUGUAUAAUCUAGUUACUCCUCCCCCGGUGAACACGGUAGCCUGUUUGCCCCCAAAUGCAAAGUCGAAAAGGCUGAAUAAGAAGCCCAGUGCCAAGAAACACAUACUUGCUAACAAGCCAGCUUGCCCCCUGAGCGCAGCCAGAGAUGUGGAGAAGCUGGGCUGUGCCAGCUCGGAAGGGUCUGCAGAGCUGCCCUGUCACGACGCCCUGCUGGAUCACCUCCCUGCUGUUCUGCCAUCUGUUCCUGUGGCCCAGGCGAACAGUGUCACCGUGUCGGGUACACAUCCUCUGGAAGUUCUCAGUUCUGAGUCUCUACCCAAAUGUAAGUCGACGGAAGUGUCUGACUCACCCUCCCAAGAAUUGCUAACAAGGGAACAUUUUGCCACAGCCCCAGCGAAAUCCAAAGAUCCUACACCCGCCUUGCGACGAGAGGCACCUCAGGAGAAGCCACUGACCAGUGAGACGUUACCAGAUGCCGCCCAGGGCUGCGCGUCAGCCAAAGUGUUGAGUCCACCUCCAAAUGAUGCCCACAUGUUGGUGUCUCAGGUCUCUGGUCUGUCGUCUACCGCAAACAUCACUAGCACUGACUGUGUGCCCGAGGUGGAAAUCGUUGCUGAACCCUGCGGGAUUGGGCAAGAUGGAGUGGAUGCAAUGCCAACCACUGGUCUGUUAAAGGAUCAGAAUUUCACUGCUUUGCUGUCCGAUCUUGCUAAAGAAAAAGUCUCUCAGAAAACUCCUCUUUCAGUCCACGUGGACCAUCCGGAUUUUUCCUCUGAAAAUCCCAAAGUCAGAGACUCAAGUGUGGAUUUGCAUCCCAAGCAGGAGCUCUUACUGCUGAACAGUGAAGGGAGAGAUCCGCCCCAGCAGCAUUCCUGCAUCCCCGAUCAGGAGGCGAUUAAUGGCUCUUUGCUCACUAGUCGGCAGACUGACUCGCCCAUGUCCACCAGCUCUGGCAGCAGCCGCAGUUUCUCCGUGGCAUCCAUGCUUCCAGAAACAACCAGAGAGGAUAUGACUAACAGUGCAACAACUAAUGCAUGCGACAGCUGUACCUUUGUAGAGCAAACUGAUAUCGUCGCUCUUGCAGCGAGAGCUAUUUUUGACCAGGAGAACCUUGAGAAGGGAAGAGUUCGCAUCCAGGCUGAUGUAAGGGAAGCCACUUCAAAGCCUUCUGAAACCUCAUCCCUGGAGGGGGAGCAGCCUUUCAGAUCACAGCUCCCUAAAGAGAAUGACACAGAGCAGGCAGCAGCGGCGCCAAAUGAAUUUAGCCCUCAGGACUCCAUUGAAGCCGCCGUGGAUCGGCCCCUGGAAAAGCCAAGUUGCUCUAUAGUAAUUAAAACAUCCACUGCCUCGUUACAGGUUUCAGCUUCUCAGCCACCAAGUUUAAGUGUGAACAAUCUUAUUCAUCAGAGCGGCAUCAGCCAUCCUCUGGUCAGCUGUGCGGGUUUACCCCAAUCUUCAGAGCAAACAGCAGUUCCCGCCACAGUUAGUCUGACUGUCUCAUCUAGCUCCUACGGCAGUCAGCCCCCCGGCCCAUCUCUGAUGACUGACUAUGCCCAAGAACAGCUAAAUACGAUGACCACUACCAUACCAAAUCCACAGAUUCAAGAGCCGCUCCUAAAGCCGAGUCACGAAAGCCGUAAAGACUCUGCUAAGCGCACGGUUCAAGAUGACCUUAUCCUCUCUUCUGCCAAACGUCAAAAGCAUUGUCAGCCAGCCCCACUCAGGCUUGAAACUAUGUCCCUGAUGAGCCGGACUCCAGACAGCAUUUCUGAUCAAACUCAAAUCAUGGUUAGUCAGAUCCCUCCCAGCUCUUCGACUUCCAUCGUGCCUGUGAGCAACCCGACACAUGCAGAUGGCCUGACCAGCUUAUUUCCCAGUAACAACUUUGGGGCCCCCGCAUUGAGGCAAGCCGACGUUCCGUGCAAUUCUCAGCCUCCGGUUGCUGAACAGCAGCAGACGCAGGCAAAGCAACAUCUCCAGGCCCUGCAGCAGCACGUUCCAGCUCAAGGAGUAUCUCAUCUGCACAGUAACCAUCUCUACUUAAAGCAGCAGCAGCAGCAGCAGCAGCAGCAGCAGCAGCAGCAGCAAGUGGGGCAGUUAAGAGAGCGGCAUCACUUGUAUCAGCUGCAGCAUCAUGUACCGCAUGCAGAGAGCUCUGUCCACUCGCAGCCCCAUACUGUCCACCAACAGAGAACUCUACAGCAGGAAGUUCAAAUGCAGAAAAAGAGGAAUCUGGUUCAGGGUACUCCGACCUCUCAGCUUUCCUUGCAACCGAAGCACCAUGGAACUGACCCAUCCCGUUCCAAGAGCGGUCAGCCACACCCCCACCAUCAGCAGAUGCAGCAACAGAUACAGCAACACUUUGGGACUUCCCAGGCGGAGAAGAGCUGUGAGAACCCUUCCACAAGCCGAAACCACCACAACCAUCCCCAGAACCAUCUUAACCCAGACCUUCUGCACCAGCAGCAGGAGGUUGGAGGCCGACAGCAGAGCUCAGGGGUUUCUUCCGAACACGUACCUGGGCACAAUCCAAUGCAGAGGCUUUUGACAUCAAGAGGCUUAGAGCAGCAGAUGGUGUCCCAAGCAAGUAUUGUGACCAGGUCAUCAGACAUGACUUGUACUCCACAUCGGCCGGAGAGAAAUCGAGUUUCAAGUUACUCUGCCGAGGCACUCAUUGGAAAGACAUCUUCUAAUUCAGAGCAGAGAAUGGGCUUGUCAAUUCAGGGUUCCAGAGUGUCCGACCAGCUUGAAAUGAGAAGUUAUCUUGAGGUCCCCAGAAAUAAGAGUUUGGCUGUUCAUAACAUGCAGGGCCGUGUGGACCAUCCUGUUGCCCCCGAGAUCCGCCUCUCUGAUUGUCAGACAUUUAAACCAAGCGGAGCCAGUCAACAGCCCCAAAGCAACUUUGACGUCCAGUCGUCAAGAAACAAUGAAAUAGGGAACCUGGUCUCAACUCUGCGAAGCAUGCAGUCUCAGACUUUUCGAAUUAGUCAAAACACUGGCCCGCCCCCGAUUGACCGUCAAAAGAGGUUACCUUAUCCGCCAGUUCAGAGCAUCCCAGCCGGACACGCUCUUCCCCCAAGGGGCAGCGAAAAUACAUGUCAGCAAAGUUUCAUGCAGACUUUGCUUGCCCCCCACCUCGGCGAUCAGGUCCUCGGGAGCCAGAGAGGACUCUCAGACCAUCAGAGGAACACACAGUGUGGCCCCUCCCCUGCCAUUGAGUACAGUUGUCCCCCGGCUCAUGAAAGUGUCCAUGUGCGAAGAGAGAGUGAGAGUCAGACUCGAGACAGCUGUGACAUGUCCUUGAACGCAAUCAACACCAGGAGCAGCACGUUGAAUAUUCCUUUUUCAAGUUCCUCUUCUUCAGGAGACGUUCAAGGCCGAAACUCAAGUCCCAAUGUUUCCGUCCAGAAAUCCAACCCCAUGAGGAUGACCGACAGUCAUGGCACAAAGAGCCACAUGAAUCCUCCAGUCACAACCAACAUGCAUGGGGUGGCAAGGCCAGCAUUGCCACACCCACCAGUGUCUCACGGAAGUGCUGAUCCAGGGCCCCCCGUACGACAAGCCAGUUCUUCAGUUCCCCAGCGAUCCAGGCAUCCCCUGCAAGAUAGCAGCGGAUCCAAAAUCCGUCAACCGGAAAGGAAUCGUUCUGGAAACCAAAGGCAUAGUAACGUCUUUGAUCCAAGUCUUCCCCAUCUGCCUCUGUCAACUAGUGGCAGUAUGAUUCUUGGACGCCAGCAGCCCACUGCAGAGAAGAGGGGAAGCAUUGUUCGUUUUAUGCCCGACGGCCCACAAGGACCCAGCGAUAAUUCAGCUCCUGACCAGCAUACGCUGUCGCAAAAUUUUGGUUUUCCUUUUAUUCCGGAAGGUGGCAUGAAUCCACCGAUAAAUGCCAACGCUUCCUUCAUUCCACAGGUUACUCAGCCUAGUGCCACUCGGACUCCAGCCCUCAUCCCCGUAGAUCCUCAAAGUACUAUCCCUUCCUUCUAUCCCCCGUACUCCCCUGCUCAUCCUCCACUGUCAAACGACAUUUCCAUCCCCUAUUUUUCGAAUCAAAUGUUCUCCAAUCCUAGCACCGAGAAGGUAAACGGCGGAACUUUAAAUAACCGAUUCGGAUCCAUUUUAUCUCCUCCCAGACCUGUUGGCUUUGCUCAACCAAGUUUUCCUCUUCUCCCAGACAUGCCACCAAUGCACAUGACCAACUCUCACUUAUCCAAUUUUAAUAUGACGUCUUUGUUUCCAGAAAUCGCUACCGCUCUUCCCGACGGCUCAGCCAUGUCCCCAUUGCUAACCAUAGCAAACGCGUCUGCCUCGGACUCUUCUAAGCAGUCCUCGAACAGACCCGCCCACAACAUAAGCCAUAUCUUAGGUCACGAUUGCAGCUCGGCUGUUUAAAUUCUGAUAGAUGUCACAGGGGUGCAGUGUAAAUGUCCCGGGCGAGAUGACGCGACGGAUCUGUGUGUGUGCGCAAAUAUACGUAUCCGGAGAGGGACUGUAUGUGUGUGUAUGUCUUUGUGUGAGCAUAAUCAUUUUCAGUCACCUUCUGAAUGUAGGGAGUCAUGUCAGAGAUGAUGCAGAUCUAGGGAUGUCCCCUGCCCACCAAAAAAAAGAGAAUCUUUCAUUUAAGCUGCAGGUUGUGCUUGUCCAAUUUCCAAGCAGAUUUUCAAUUCCAAAUUUGAUGUAUAACCUUUUAUGAAUCAUAACCUAAAUAUGAAUUUAUAACCAAAAUACGAAUCAGCUGGGGGCAGAUUAUCCGGUUGCAGGCUGAAUGGGAGGAAGGAAUGGAGAUUUUAACCGCUGUCAUUAAUUUAUACAUUUGGUUGAGUUGCUUCCCCCCAAAUAGAGGCAAAGUGAUAGCACCAAUGGUUCAUAACCAAACACUGACUCCUGUCAGCAGCGAGCAAGGGCAGUUUCUUAAACAUGGUAGGCACUGACUUGCAUGCUUGUGGCUAAAGUCAAGCAGUGAACACGUCAGAUUUUAAAACCUGUGGCCAUCGAGUUGAUGCCGACUCAGCGAUCCUAUAGGAGGAGAGUGGAUGGAAUUGGCCCAGAGAGUUUCCAAGGCUGUAAUCUUUACAGAAGCAGACUGGUGACUGGGACCGGAGCUGCUCGUGGAACUCAAACUGCCGACUUUGAGGUUAACCGCCAACAUUGACCCACUCUGCCCCAGAGCUUCUUAGCAACUGAGUUGUUCAGGUUAGACUCUUAAACCCAGGUGUGCUUUACCUGGUGACUCAUUUCUUGAUAAUAGAAUUCUUAAAUUGGUUGGUUUCAUAUCUUGUUCUUCAAAUUAGGGCGCUGUCUUGUUUUUUUACUGUGCCAAGAUUCUUUAAAAGAAAGGUCUUCCUUAGACAAUUAGCCUUAAAAGUAGGAAGCUAAAAUAUAUGUAUACAUUUUUUUCUUUCCAUUUUGUAGUUGCAUUUUACACCAGACCACAAGGGGGAAAAAGCAAUUAUACUGUGGAGUUUUGUGUGAUAUUCAGUUAGUGAGUUUUGCUGCAGUAGUCUCUAUGUUCUAUUUAUUGGAUCUUGAAUUAAGUUGGUUUUUGUUUUGCAUUGAUUGAAUCAUUAAAUACUAAUCAGUAAAUAGUGUGUUUGGAAUCUACACAUUUAUUUGAGCCUGAUUCUUAAAAUAUUUCUUAGCAGAUUCUUAAGCUCUGUCAGUGUUUUGAUUUAAUGAUAUUUAUACUUAAAUAAGAUAUUUUAUAUUGCAUUACUAUCCUUCAUAAUAGAAUUAUGAGAUUAAUUUGCUCAUUAUUUUUCCUGAUGGUAAAUGUGAAAUGGUGCUUCAAAAGUGUAGUCUUUCUACAUGCCCUUGUCUGUCAUGUAUGUCUGUAUGUGAAUGUGUGUACAUGUGUCUACGAAGACAUGGAUUUUAAAGUAUAAACUGGUCAUUUAAAAAUAAGCUUGCCAUCUGACAAUGGGACAUUGAGGCCUGAGACCUGCUGCAGUAUGGAAAAACUUGAUGUCCAGGGGUUUUUGAAACCUCCACUGAAUCUUAUAUUUUCAUUUUGGAAGAGAAAAUCCAACACUAAGAAAACAACCCUUUACUCAGACACAUUGCUUUAUCAUUUGCCAAAAAUGGGAUGGCUUAGGGCAUGUCUCUUCUGUUAUCAAAGUGAACCCCAGGACCAGCAUCUCGCCCCCUGUAAACAGCCUCCUUAGGCUUGGUCAGAGCAGUUAACUCCUGUGAAUACCUCUGCAAAAGACUCAUCAAAAGGGUCGCUGUGCCUCCUCCACUGUUCUGACCAAACUUGCCCAUCUGCCUGCUGCCCGCCCGCUAAGGCAGGCUCCUGAGGGCAAACAUACUGUACAUAACCAAGAAAAAUGUCUAGGGUUUCCCCCCUCUUCAAAAUGGCCAUAAGGAGAGAGAGGACUUGAUGAGUAAGUCAAAUAAGAUCAACAGAGUAGUUGGAAUGGCUUCGGGUGGGCAAAGUGAGAUUCUAGACGUACUUCAUAAUUCUCUCAACUGAAUCGAAUGCUUUAACAUUCAAGUGUUUCCUUGUCGUUGAAAGGUCCAGUCCAUCGGUUUCCAUUCUCUCUCUUUCUCUCUCUCUCACAUGCACACACCACCACCACCACCACCCACCCCUGUUCUCAAGACUGGGCAUCCUGACAUAUAAUCUGGUAACAGGCUGACGAGCACCAUCACUUGCCGUUUUAAACUUGAACAUUGUAACACAGGGUCUCAAAGCCUAAUCAUUUCACCCAUUUCUUUUCCAGUAGUUCUUUUUAUCCGCUGUUCAGAGAUAGCAUUUACAUUUCUCUGAGCUUUUAUUUCAAGACUGUUUUGAUCUUGAACUGCACCUAAGUAAGGCCUCUCUGACCUUUGGAAAAGAGCAAGUGAUUGGACUCCUGCUUAUACACAUCUCUGGGUAUUAUGUAUGCAUGAAUAUUUGAGAGAUCAGUUCAGAGAUGGACUCAAUCCUGACAGCACAGCGCUCUGACUUUUAUCUAAAAGUAUGAGUGUCUCAGUUUACCAGCACUGUUAAGUAUUUGAUCGUUGGAGCUAUCCGUCUUUUUGGUGAGGCCAUUUAUUAUAUACGCUCCAGUGGUAAACCAAAUUUAAUUUUUGUAAAUGGGUAGUAGAAAACGGAGUCUCUUGAUUAUGGUAAACUUAACUGUUUUUCUUCCUGGUGAGGAUGACUUUGGAAGUUUAAAACCAUUCCCACAAUUAAUUAAGUCAUUUCUGAACAUAGGAAAGCAUCUUCAGUCCUAAGUGAAAGUCACUGAGCAUAGCUUUUAACACACCGCUCACUCAGGGUCAGGUACAGGGAGUGUGUGAUGCCCCUACACAGUUAACACAGUUCCCUCUAUUAUUGUAGAUCUUUAUUCAUGUAUAAAAUUGUUAAUGUCAAUCACUGAUAAAUCAAGCUUGAUGCCAUUUCUUUUUUCUUAUUUGGUGUGUAAAGUUUGCUUUGGGAUAUCAUAUAUAUGUUUUAUACUGUUUCAGGAAACUUUUGUUUUUACUCUAAGACUUUUUGGGGCACCAGAGACGGUAGUACCCUCUUUCUAAAUAGGGAGUGAAAAUUUCCACAGUAAUCAUGUUUUCUACAAUUGAACAUAUCAGAACUGGGAAAAAGGAAGAACAGGGAAGGGGUGUCCCCCCCCACCUCCCACCCCCCCACCCCACAGUGGCUUCUAGUCACAUGUCACAGGGAUGUUGAGUUAAAUGAAAAUGAGCCUAGCUCCUUAAACAAACAGAUCGAUUUCAGCAUUGCAUAGCUAAUUUAGUUGCCUUGCCCAUGCCUUCUAACAUCAGCCAUUUUAUGUAGAGCCUCAAAGUGUGCCCCAGAGUUUAUUGGAGAACUUUUUAAUCGGUGUGACUUUCUUAGCUGCACCCUUCCUUCAGUAUCCAGGUACACAGGAGCUUGUUUUCUUCUGCUCCGUGUAAGAGAGGUGGCAAGAAACCUGGGCAUUUCCCUAGCACAAUGAUGAUUCUUUUGCCUGGAAAGGUUUAUUAUUAGCCCCCUUAUUCAUUAGACCAGUGUGUAGCAGUGGGCAAAUCCUCCAAGCCAGUGAUUCCGGGGGCCUGGCUUUGUGAACCACCAUGUGUCUCACUCUCUCGAAGGGCAACAGUAUGGUCACACGAUCCGCCCAGCGUUGAUUUAAAGUAUUUCCUUGUGCCAUAGAGCUCUUCUUCUCUUUGGUGGACUUCUUUUUCUCACGGCACAAUGAAGAAGGCACAUGCGGCCCUCAAACCCAAUGGCUGUGGGUGGAAAUCCUAAAGAGAUUGGAAGCCAUUGUGAUUCUGUUGUCUGUGCAAACCCAGCCUUUUGUAGGGAGAUAAUGCCCCCCUGGCUGUGUACACCCAGAGGGCAGCACUGAAGGCCAACAACCAGGUGGACUAGUGUGAAAUUAUUCAUGAGUGAUGACUAUUUGACACUUAUGUGCAAACUAAAAGCAGAAGCUAGAUCCCCGCCUGCCCCCCUCCCUCCCACACAAAUGCCUUUUUGGUUGAGUGCUAAUACUUUUUCCUCCCAAAUGUUAAACAGAAAAUACCACACACACACCCUUUUUUUUGUUUUGUUACUUAAAACCAUGUUCUCUCCGCAUUCUACACUCCCUGUGUGAGCCUGGGAGUGUGGGGGCACCCUCAGCGUAGAUUGAGGUAGUCCAGCUCACUGGUAAGAAACAUUGAGAGCCUUCUUGGACACAGAGCUUCUAGUCCUGCCCACAGGUGUCUACCCCGGUACUGCACUUUACCUGAAACUGUGCCUCUGGUCCUUUGACCAGCCAUUGGAACAUAUCAUCCUCCCACCUCUCAGUUACAGCAAAGGACCCGCUGAGAUGGAACAUGCUGUGGCGUCAAAACACCGAGAAGACGAGAACAGCUGAUGUUUCUCACUGUUGCCUUAUUUUCUGAGCCAUCUUUGAUGCUGAUCUUGGUAAAAUCUGACUAAUAGUAGCAAAGCUCCUUUUAAACUCAGCUUGUAUGUGGUGGUCACUCAACAUCCUUGUUUCUAGAUUUGCACACUCUUAGCAAGUUUUUUUGUUCGCCCAUGAGCCAACCUGAGUUGAAAAUAUUGGACAUAAUAUGCAAAUUGGCUUUAUUUUGAAUGACCACAUGAGACGUCACUAGAGAUUUAGUGAGCUAUAGAAGAGAAUUCAUUUGUAAUUUAACCCCUUUUUUUUAAAGCAGGUGAUUUAAAAUUUCUUGUUGUUGUGUGUACAAGUCUCCACCAUACUUUAUCACAGAAGCAUAAAAUUUACUCCAUCUGACUUCCUUCUUCAUGUUUUUGGGUCUCUGUCCUUCUCCCCCCUGCAGCCCCGUCUCCCCACAAGUCUUAACAACCGUCUUUCAUCUGUGAGGUCACUGAGGCACUGGACUUGACUAUAGUGGUCACUUUUAAGGGACUUUGAACUAAUGAUCUUCCAAGAAGAAAGGGACCAGACAGUGUUGCUUAAGAUGCUGCAGUUGUGUUACUGUGAAGUAAAGAUUAGCUUCCACUUUCAGCACUAUAUAUAGACACACAUGCAUUUAUAUACAUAUAUGUUUAUAUGUAGAUACAUACCUUUGGGUAAAAUAAGGUGGAAAAUCUGAGGAGAACAUAAACAUCACCAAUUAUUUAUAGAUACACUGGGUGAUAAGCUUACUGUAGGGCAGUCCCCAGGAAAACGAGUUGUAGUGCUUUCAAUAGUUUAAUAUUUGUAUCUCUUCUCAGGCCAGCUGUGUCUGCUGUGCUGUAAACCACCUGGUUUCUAAUUCUAAUGGAGACGUAUUUGUUUUAUAAUGAAAUCCAGAGCAGAUAUGUAUUAUAUGAUCAGGAUUGUCCUACAGUUGUAAAUAAGAAUAGGUCCUGUUUAUUUUGACAUCUUUUUACAAAUGCAUUGUAUUAGGGUGUGAAUAUUCUAAACCAUGCUCUUGUUUAAAGUUUGGAAAUUUUUAUUGUUAAAUGUAACAUUUUAAUGGUUGUAAUAAUUAUUUGUAUAGAUAUGAAUAUAGUAUUUUAUUUAAGAAAAUAAACUUUGCAUUUUUGCAUUGUGAA